AUGGGACUCUUCUGGAGUAUGAAGCCUGUUCCAGGGAUAUCAAAGGAUUUGUUUCUAAGAAAGAGUGACGUGACGACACCUCUGGUCUUCAGACUGUCUGUAAUUGAUGACCACAUUCCCCUUGAAGACCUGCAGCUGGCCACACCAGUAGUUCUAGCAACAGAGGAGGUAGAACGAUGGUACAAGCACUAUGCUGUGAGAAGGACUGUCGUGAGAGAAGGUUCCAAAAGGGGAACUCUCUUCAUGCCAGAAGGCGAAGGUCCGUUUCCCGGGAUAAUAGACAUGUUUGGUUCCACUGGAGGGCUGAAGGAGUCCCGUGCAGCCCUGUUGGCGUCCAGAGGUUUCGCCUCCUAUGCUCUUCCUUUCUUUGGAUAUGACGAUCUCCCACCGACAUUGGCUGACUUUGACUUUGACUACGUACUGGAUGCUGUUGACUGGUUUGCCUCUCAUCCAAGUGUACGUCAAGGUGGUAUCGGUGUGGUUGGUAUCUCAAAGGGAGGGGAACUCGCCUUGCUGCUUGGCAUGGCCACUAACAAGGCAUGGAAGAACAAUGCCAAGAUCCUGUAUUUGUGUGGCAAUGAUGAUGGCGUGUGGAUGGAUACAUACGCUGAAAAGUUCAUGGAGACCUGUCCUGAAGAGAAGCGGAAGAACGUUGAACUUGUCAUCUAUCCAGGAGCAGGCCACUUUAUCCAACCACCAUAUACGCCUGUGUGUAGAGCAAUGUACCAUAAAACGUUAGACAUAAUGCUGGUGAUGGGAGGACAGCCAGAAGCUCAUGCUGCAGCACAGGAAGAUGCUUGGACGAGACUACUCCAUUUCCUCCUCAAACAUGUUUCGUAGCCAAGGCAGAUAUGCUACUAACAUAUCGAACACAUACCCAUAGCUGGUAUCUAUUCUAUUGCAUAAAGGAGAAACUUAGUAACAGUCUGAAGAAAACAUUCACUUCACUGAGCAGUUACCCUAGCCCAUCUUGUGUUAUAAACUAUUCGGCCCUCAAGACAUCCUAGCCAGGACCUACACCUGCUUCAUCGCUCAUCCGAAUCGCCGUUCCACCCUGGACCCUUUCAGUGAAGAACAAAGCCAACAUUGAUGUCAACUUUUCCAGGCGCAAGAUUAUCAAGAUCCUCCUGCAGACAUAGCUCAUGUUUUCUUCAUUUUCUCCAAUUAUAAUAAAAUUUGGAAUGACAGGAUUUUCUAUACUCAUUCUGUUGUAAAAGGAAAUCGAAAUGACUUAUUUAAGAAAUACAGUUCGCU